AUGCUUAAUCUUGAUACCUUUACAUGGGCACUAAAGCAUAAUCAAAGUCAUAACGACAACAGAGCAAGACCAAAAGGGAUCAACCAUGAGCUAGGAAGGCAAGAAUCAAGAAGGAAGAAACCACUGAGCAUCGUAGAAGUUGGAGUUGGAGAGACCGUGGAAGCGUUUGAUGGUCUUUGUUAUAAGAUUGAAGACACAGAUGUCGAGGCAUGA